AUGGUCGCCAUCUGCAACCCGUCGACCAAGACGCUUGCCACCGUGGCCAAGUUUGUCGGCUACAUCUCCUCGCGUAACUACCAGCCACUCGCAGGCUUCUUCGCUCCCAACGCCACAUGGUUCACUCUCGGCGACCCGACCUUCCCCAACGACAUUGGCGGUACCGUACUCGCGGUCGAAUACCUCAAGACCUUGCCCAGCGCCGCCGUAUUCGACAGCUACUCGAUCGACAUCCAGAAUACCGUGGUCGAGGGGUACUCCGCCAACGUCGAGGUGCGCAUCACUGGCGACCUGGACACGCUGCACUGGGUCAAUAACGCCUCGUACACGUUCCGUCUCGACAACAACUUCAAGAUCACACAGCUCGACUUCUACACUGACCGCAUCGCGGUCAACUGGCUGGUGAAGUGGCUGACAGACCACGCCAACUCUGUAAGCUGGCGUUAUGUUUCUUGA